AUGAUCCAGUUGAAUGAUAACGACCGGGGGAUCGUAUUGACUUAUGAGGCUAGUCCCUCUUCAAUUCACUUCCUGGAUCUGGAGAUCACCACCACUCAUGACAGAUUAGAAUUUAAGACGUAUUUUAAACCUACCGACCGGAAUGGAUACAUUCCGGUCGAUAGCUGUCAUCACCGGAGAUGGCUAGAAUCUGUCCCACGGAGUCAAUUCCUCCGCCUUAGGAGGAACUGCACCAGGGAUAGCGACUUCUAUCUCCAGAGUGACAUGUUGAAAACUAGAUUUCUUGACAAAGGGUAUCGACCUUCACUGGUUGAUGAUGCCAUUAAUUCUGUCUCUGCCACGGAUAGGGCUUCCCUUUUACAGGUUAAACCCAAGGUAGCCAAACAGGAGAGUUUUAAGUGGUCCUUCUUCACCAGUUAUUCCAUUCAACAUAAUGAGAUUACACCUGCUAGGACAUUGAGGAAUUUCAUACUGCAAUGGUUGGCUGUGAGCACCGGCAGUGUUCAGUAUUUUGGAGAAGGAACUACUAUUUAUGUGCUGGAAAAUGGUGAGGUACAGCGUCCCCCCACAGUAAAUAUCUUUGGUCCAAACAAACAAGAGUUCAAAGAUCACAAACUCAUCUCACUGGUCUGUGUGGCAAGUGGCUUCUACCCAGAACAUGUACAGUUAAAUUGGAUUAUUAAUGGCAUACCAAGAAAUGGCCUGUACCAAAAUGUAGCGAGCAAAAAAGAGAACGACACCAGUUUUUCCACCAGCAAACGCCUCACUCUGACAAGAUCUGAAUAUUUCAACACAGAAAACAAAUUCAAAUGUGAGGCGGGCUUUAUUGGAAACGGCAGUGUUGCCUUUGCUGAGGUUACGGGAGAAUCAGAUUGUGGUGUUUCUAAAGAGAGUUACGCCAUGUACAUAAACCAGGGGAAGAUUUCCUAUAUCAUGGUUCUGUUCAAGAGUGGUCUGUAUGCUUUGAUCGUCCUGGCUAUCAUCUGGCGGAGGAAGGUUCUCUCAGGAUCUUGCUAGAGGAUCACCCUGAGAAUUAUAUUUUGAUGCAGCUUCAAUGCACAAUGCACGCUUCACACGCCAAGUAUAUAUCUUCAGUCUUACAAGGGAGUGAAGGUCAGCGGGUCCAGAAAGAUGCCUAUGACCUAGGAGACACAAGGACGGAUCCGACAUUGAAAACCCCUGGGGCUAAACGGCUGUGCAAUUCUUCUUGUCGUCUGUGCUAUUUAUUUGUGUGCAAUAUUUACUUGUCAAUAAAUAACAUUUUUCUGCAUAAUAA